AUGAAGCCUCGCUCGCGCGCUCCUCUACUCGCUGUAGCGCUACUUGCACUUACAUACUCAGGAUGGUGCUCGGAGGACGAGGAGCGGCUGGUCCGCGACCUGUUCCGCGGAUACAACAAGCUCAUUCGCCCCGUGCAGAACAUGACGCAGAAGGUCGACGUGCGCUUCGGACUCGCCUUCGUGCAGCUCAUUAACGUUAACGAGAAAAACCAGAUAAUGAAGUCGAACGUGUGGCUGCGGCUGGUGUGGAUGGACUACCAGCUGAUGUGGGACGAGGCGGACUACGGCGGCAUCGGCGUGCUGCGCCUGCCACCCGACAAGGUCUGGAAGCCCGACAUCGUGCUCUUCAAUAACGCCGACGGUAACUACGAGGUGCGAUACAAAUCUAACGUCCUCAUUUACCCCAACGGCGAGGUUCUGUGGGUGCCUCCAGCUAUUUAUCAGAGCUCCUGCACGAUCGACGUAACCUAUUUCCCUUUCGAUCAACAAACGUGUAUCAUGAAAUUCGGCUCCUGGACGUUCAACGGCGACCAAGUGUCACUCGCGCUUUACAAUAACAAGAAUUUCGUGGAUCUCUCCGAUUACUGGAAAUCGGGAACCUGGGAUAUCAUUGAGGUGCCGGCUUACUUGAACAUCUACGAAGGCAACCACCCCACGGAGACCGAUAUCACGUUCUACAUCAUCAUUCGCCGCAAGACCCUGUUCUACACUGUCAACUUGAUCCUACCGACUGUGCUGAUUUCAUUCCUUUGCGUGCUGGUGUUUUACCUCCCUGCCGAAGCUGGUGAAAAGGUCACUCUCGGCAUCAGCAUUUUGCUGUCACUGGUUGUGUUCCUGCUACUGGUGUCGAAGAUUCUCCCGCCGACUUCUCUGGUGUUGCCGCUCAUUGCCAAGUACCUGCUGUUCACAUUCAUCAUGAACACCGUCAGUAUUUUGGUCACCGUCAUCAUAAUCAAUUGGAACUUCAGAGGCCCUCGCACUCAUAGGAUGCCGCUAUGGAUUCGAAGCGUAUUCCUCCAUUACUUACCAACGUUCCUGCUGAUGCGUCGGCCGCGCAAGACCCGUCUGCGCUGGAUGAUGGAGAUGCCGGGUAUGGGAGCACCGCCGCACGCCGCAGCCGCGCACGACCUUCCCAAACACAUCAGUGCGAUCGGUGCGAAACAAAACAAGAUGGAAUCAAUGGAACUGUCGGAUCUUCAUCAUCCGAAUUGUAAGAUAAGCCGCGCGGCGGGCGGAGGAGAAGUGGGGGCCUUGGGUGGCCUUGGAGCUCUAGGUGGCCUGGGACUUGGAGAACGGAGGGAAUCGGAGAGCUCGGAUUCUCUCCUUCUAUCACCCGAGGCGGCCAAAGCGACAGAAGCUGUCGAAUUCAUUGCUGAGCAUCUGCGAAACGAAGAUCUUUACAUACAGACGCGAGAAGAUUGGAAGUACGUGGCCAUGGUCAUAGACAGACUGCAACUGUACAUUUUCUUCCUGGUGACGACAGCUGGUACCGUCGGUAUACUGAUGGACGCCCCACAUAUAUUCGAAUAUGUAGACCAAGAUCGUAUAAUAGAGAUCUAUAGAGGAAAGUAGGAGCUUUCAGUAAUAAAAAUACAUGUAGUAAAAUAAUAUGCUUCCACAUCCGAUGGUGCGAUGGUAUUUUAUUCCAACUGAUAGUCUUUUUCUAUCAUGAAACUUAUAAGUAAUAAGUAAUUUGUCGCACAGACUUACACAAAAAAAAAAAUAUUGCUACCAGCCAUAUAAGUUUUAAAAAGAUUAUCCGCCUUGUUUAUUAACAGGUACCUAUAGCUCGGUGAUCGGUCACCGAACACGUAUAAAUUCUCCUUUGACUCUUAUUCGCGCACGAAUUUAUCUCGUUUUCACAGAUUUGCGAUAAAGUGCGAUAGUGAAAAUAAUUGUGAAUGGAUGAAUCGCUGAAUUUUACCUGUUCGAUGCCCGGGCUAUAGUUGCACACUUAAAUAAUAAAAUGUUAUACAGAAUAAUUAAUUCGUGAAUUACAAUAAUAAUCCUUCGAUCGUGGAUUCUUGGAAAUCUAAAAGUAAACAAUAUAAGACCCAAAAUCUAUUGUUAUUCUAUUGUGUCUCGCUCACGGGUGAGCUUAUGGGGCUUGAUGGGUUAAUAUUAUGUGUGAAUCGUUGGAAAUGUUUGCAAAACCUUUGUUUAAACACAGACUCUGGUAGAUACUUAAAUAAUUAUUAAAUUAAUUAUUAUUUCUAGUUAAGUAAAAGAUCGUACUUCAUAUCUCUUCCAAAUUGGGAAAGAAAAAGUAGGAGAAGCGGUACAUUAAACGGAAAUGUACUGUAAUCAUGAUGAAAACAAUACAAAACUAUUAACUAAUCAAAAGAACUAAAUAUAACUUUAUUUAUAACUUGAAACUUAUGUGACACCUAUUAGUAUUGCUCAUUCACAGUAUAGUUCUUGCAAUCUACGAGUGCGCGGCGCCCUUAGUUGUGUGAGUGACCAUAUUCUAUACUUACACGUGU